AAUUGAGAUUCCUUCUCUCUCGGAUUCACCUCCCCUCCCACAAAUUUGCAGAACACAAAUCUAUGGCUGAAACCACCUCCACGCUAUGCUUCUCCGCCUUGUCUGCCUCGAUUCCCUUCUCCAUGGACUCUUCCUCCAGAAAUUGGACUUCAACAUCUUUUGCCACCGCACCUAAAUUCUCUUCCCACUUUCACCGUCACCGAUCGCCCUACCUCAGCUUCACUCUCAAAGCCUCCGGUUCUUCCCAUUUCCUCGGCGACGAUGCUUUCGGAUUCUAUCCAUGGGAGAAUAAUGACUCUGCUGAUUCCUCUAUACAGUGGGUUUCGGAGGAAAAGAUUACGUUAUUUACCUCUGACGGGCUGAUUCAGAUCGGCGGGAAUCUUGUCCCGCGCCGUGUUUCUUCUGCUCAUAAGAAACAAGGGAAUGCAAAAAUGUCCCAGAAAUCUCAACGGUAUCAGGAGAGCAAGUACAUGGAUCCAAACCAAAGCCUAUGUCUCGGGGCUCUAUUUGAUAUUGCAGCUACAAAUGGACUUGAUACUGGUAGACGCCUUUGUAUAUUUGGCUUCUGUCGCUCCAUUGAGAUGCUUUGCGAUGUAGUGGAAGACACUGUCUUGGAGCAUGGUGGAGAGGGGAGGCCCUCAUGUGGUAGUGGCAGCAGAGAAGGCAAGCAAGGGAGGGUUGCAUGAAAAGCUAAAGAUGACUGUUGCAGUGCCGUUACUCUGGGGAGUUCCUCCAGCAUCUGAAACCCUUCACCUCGCCGUUAGGAGUGGCGGUGGGAUUGUGGACAAGAUCUAUUGGCAGUGGAACUUCCUGUAAAUGAUCAAAUCCUUCUCACCAUAUUCUAAAAGUUUGUAAAUAACAUUGUGUACAAAGUUCCAAUUUGUAACUGAUUAAUCACACGUACUCAUACUGUCAAUAUAAUAACGAUUCUUCCAA